GCCUGUUCUCCGAUUGUCCAAAUGUCCCUGAACGCAGCAUCAGCAGUCAAUCACACCUGGCAUUAAUAGGCUGGUGAUGGGUCCUAUUAGGCGACUUUGUGGAGAAGCAGCUUCGGUCUACUCUGCUUUGUAACUCGUUGAACUUAGCGGUGAAUAUGAAACUUUCAGGACUUGUUGCUGUGCUUUUGCUUCUCUGUGCUGCUCGGAGAAACUCCGGGAUAUCUCACCCCAAACCGUCCUGCCGGUAUCCUCCGUCUCAGUGGUGUCGGUCCCUGGAGAUAGCAAUAGCCUGCAAGGUGAGUAAAGAUGCAGAGGUAAAGGCUUUACUUUCACGACUUACAAAGACUUUUUUUUUGCAUGACUGGUUGUAGCAGAAAAAGCUCAAAAUAUUCAUAUUAUUAAUAGACACAAAGCAAAAAAUAUGGAUGAUUUAUCUAUUAUAUGUGAGGUGCUUAUUGCUUAUUCUCCAUUAAGAGGACAAAUAAAGAGCCAAACACUGGCAUAUUUUAGUCCUAGUCGCUCUACUGAGGCAGAUUAUUGUCUUUUGUUAUAUUUUUUUGUUGUGAAUAAACAGUCACCUUAUGUACUGCUUAAAUAUAUGAACAUUUUCUAUGAAGGAGCCUGCCACUUAAAAACACAGUUUUAAUAGAAACACUAAACACCAUACUAGUGUAUGCCGUCUGUAUUUUAUUCUGCUGUUUUUAAUUUGAUUUUUUUAUUGUUAUCUAUCUAUUUAAUUACUUCUUUUAUCUAUCCCAUGUACAGCACUUUGUUUGACUGCUGUCUUUUAAAGGUGCUUUAUAAAUUAACAUUGACUUGACCAUAAUAUGAAUGUUUUCUUCGACUCUUGUUGCCACAGGGACAUUUUAAGGUCAGUGCAGUUCAAGGUUUCCAGGUUGAAAUUAGAGUCAUGCAGCAGAAAUUGAGUACCAAUGGUUCUUCAUGUGAUGCUUAAUCUGCUUAAAAAUUAGAGUGAUGGCCGGAAAAACAAACGCUUCUCCUUGUUUUGCUAUGAGUUUGAUCCACAGACUCUAUCAUGCUUUAGCUGUUUGAAUGCUGCAACCCAAGACUUGACUUUUACCUCUGUUUUAUCCAUACAAUAGAGCUGUGCAACAUGGGUAAAAUAAUACUGAGACUGUUUCAAAAGAUGAUAUGAUUGUAAUGUAAUUCAUGAAAAGAGCAAAUAAAACAUUUUGCAUGCUGCUCUGUUGUAAACAUCUGGAGAAAAAGUCAAACUACCCCUGCAGCUUUUACUUGAUUGUAGUGCUGCUUGUCACCCAUUUUAAACUAAAUCUUCUGUUUUGGAUAAAAUAAAAGACAAAUAAGCUGUAAAAGAUUCAUCUAAGUAUAACUUGGACAAGCUUUUAUAACAAGGUUUGGAAUUCAGCAUUGACUUAAACAAAAUAAGAUCUGGUCAAAUUGCUUCCAUUUCACAAAUCAUAACGAUGAUUAUUUUUGCUUUGACUAAGAUGGUCUUUUACGUUGACAACAUGUAAUCUGUGCAUGGUUCAGGUUCAGAAGCAGUGUAUGGAAGUAAACGCCACCAGACCGAACCAGUCAGUCCCCCCAGUGUCCGUCACCCUGUACUAUGAGAGUCUGUGUCCAGCCUGUAGAGCCUUCAUCUCACAGCAGCUCUUCCCCACAUGGACCAUGCUACAGGACAUCAUGACCGUCACCCUGGUGCCGUACGGGAAUGCAAAGGUACGCUCAUCCUGAUCUCCAAAGACAGAUAUUCACAGUAAAACACCAGAGUCAAAAUGAUAAUAAACCCAUCUGUCUCUUCAAGGAACUCCCGUCUGCAAACUCUCCAUUUACCUGUCAACACGGGGAGCCUGAGUGCAGAGGAAACAUGAUAGAGGUUUGUGAGUUUUAGCACCCGGACUGUACCUCUAUUAUAAAAACAUGACUGAUUGAUUCGAUCUGUUUCUUAGGCAUGUAUCAUCCAUUUAACCGGACACUCAGCGUUUCAGAUCAUCUACUGCAUGGAGUCAUCUGCUGAUGUUCUCAGCGCUGCACGGCCUGUGAGUAUGAACAAGCUAAAGAACCUCAAGAACAAAUAUUUCUCAGAAUUAUUAUUUUUUUAAAUACUUCAUGAUAUUUCUGUUAAUAGUCAUGUAUUUUUUUGUCCAUUGUCAAGUUCAGGGUCAUAAGAGUUGUUUCGUCCUCUUAUUAAAGGGGUUUUUCUGCAGACGUCAAAGCUGUUGUUCUCUGGAUGUCUGUAUUUGCUAAUGCUGCGGUUUGCUGUCUCAGUGUCUGCAGCUGUACUCUCCGUCCACCUCCUGGUCCAGUGUGGACUCAUGUGUUAAGAGAGGUUCAGGAAACCAGCUGAUGCACGCCAACGCUGCAAUGACCAGAGCUCUGAGUCCUGCACACACACACGUCCCCUGGGUCACUUUUAACGGGGUAACACACUCAUGACUAUAGGGCUAUGUAGCGGGGAUUUAAACCAUUUUUUACAAGUUUUUAUAGAAAUAAUCACAUUUAAAGUGGUAUUAAACACCUGCUUUUUCAGAGGUACCUGCUUUUAAUGUUUCUUUUCUUUUUUAAAUAUAGAAAAAAAUGCUUUUGGAAUUGAUUGCUGCCAACUAAUACAUGCAUUUUUAAUUUAAUGCUGUGACCCCCCCAUCACAGCAGCUAUAAGUUUGUCUGCUACAUUUUAACUUUUGACACAAGGUUUAAAAAUGUUCAAAUUUUGUUUAUUCUUUAAAAGUCUCAUGGAUAUUUUUUUUUCCUCAGAAAACGGGAAUACUUUCCAAGACUGCACUUUGAAGGCUCUAAUUGUUCACAUUUCUCUAAACCCAGACACAGCCGUGUUCGAGUCAGCUGAAGUGGAUGGAAAGAUGGGAGAGCAAUUUUAAAGUUAUAAACUUGUGUUUCAGGAAUACACAGAAGAGAAUGAGGACAAGGCGAUGUCGUCCCUUUUUCAUUUGGUUUGCCAGCUCUACAAGGUUUGUUUAUCUUCUUAUUCAUGAGAUUACUUUGGUAUUUUAAAGGUUUCAACACUGGAAGAAAUAAACUAAUUGAACUAUUACCUGAAGAGAAUAUUUCUAAAAGUUAAGUGUGAAGGAGCCCAACAAGCAUCUAAUUUUAAUCAAACAUAAUGCCAAGUUUACAUUUCAUAAAUCUAAUAACGCUGUUUCUAAUAAUUCUGGAUUAUAUUUAUAUGACAUUUUUGUCCUGUUACUUACGUGUGUGUGUAUGUAUGUUUGUGUUUUCAGGGGGUGAAGCCUCCAGCAUGCAAUGGAGCCACAGUCAGGCUGAACAGAGGCUUCUGCUGAACAGAGAGAGAUUGUAAGAACUACGACAUAUCAAAUAACACCUUCAAAUAAAACAAACAUCCAGCUUGAUUAAAAAAAGUGUGUGCUAAAUACUACUGUUUAGAUUUAUCCAUACUGUUGAAGUAAAAAAUGUCUGAUCUAACGUAAAGACCUUACAUAUAUGUCAAACUUGUAUUUUAUAGUCAUUCAAGUAAUAAAAGCGGUGAAAUGACUGAAACACUCAGAUCAAUACUUUCAGUAUAAUUUAUUGGCAUUUAUCACUUUAAACACCCUGAACUCCCGAGACUCUUUUGGCUUAAAGUGAGGAAAAGAAAAAUAAUUUUCUCUGACAAGAACAUUGGAGUGACAGAUGUAUACAUUCUUCUUAUAAAGUAUACUUGAUUUUUCGGCUCCAGAACAUAAAAUCAGACAUCUUAUGUUACAGUACUUUGUCUCGACAGACAUGUUUUGAAGAAUAAAUAUCUUUUAUAGAACUUUGCACGACACAGAGCUGAGGAAACGAGACAGCGUGAACAUUAAUGGAGGCAGAAUCAGAGCGACACAGAAACGCAGUGCGAGCAGAGACCGCUGCUUGUUCACACGUGAACACUGUUGGGCGCUGUUGCAAUUAAAGAGCCGCUUUGCUGCUUUCACAUGCCGAUAGAAAAAAUACUGAACUAGUAUCUGAAAGUAGAGGAGUAAAAGCUUAUAUACUUUUAAGUGCUUUAUGUUAGUCCCACAUGAUGAAAAUGCCACACCUCAGGAUCAGGGGUCGAGUUUCUCAAACCACUUAGUUUAUAUAAACUCAGAUUGGUUUUGAAUGACAGCAGCUCAAAAGUUAUCUUAUUUAACUUGAAGUAAUGUGCUUUUUUUAAGUAAAUUCAUGUGCUUUUAUAUGUGAAUUAUUGAUGGACAUAUCUCUCUUAAGGCAGCAAAGAAAGGAGCACAUUAAAGGACGUGGCUAAACUGCUCUGCUAAAAUAGUCAACAAAAAACAAAACUUAAAUUUUAUGAGUUGGUCAAAAAGAUAAAAAAAUUAUUAAUUUUUGGUCAAUUUGAAUGAAAGGAGGAGAAAUAAUGAACCUUAAUUGUCAUCACAACAUCAGGUUCUAACACUGCUUGUAUGCAGGUGUGGUCUUACACCUGUAGAUGGUGCUAGAGAUGAACAUUUGGGAUGAAGGCGUUAAAACCAAGUGAUCUGCUGCUGCCGAGGUUUACGUGGCAUUUAUAUCAUGGAGGUUUGAGGGAUUUCAACACUGGGAGUGACACAACAUGACAGAUUGUCCUAUGUAUUAGCUUUAUUUCUAGCUUUCACAUUUUCAAGAUGUACUAAAUUAAAAUAUCAGCAAGAAAAGGAAUAGUGCUGCUUUUACUAGAAUUGCAACAUUUUCUUUAUUAGACUAACCCUUUAGACUAAAUGUGUCUUUUUAUAACCCAACAGAUUAUUAAUUUUAACUUGCCCUAUUGAUGAAUGACUUUUGGCAUGUUAAAAACAGCACAAUGGUCCUUUAACAACACUCUCCAAUCAGUCCUAUCACAUGUAAGUCUGCUCAAUAAAGCUUACUAGCUGUCUUAAUAAAAUACUGAAAGGCUAGUGUUUUCUAUGACUGCCGUACCAGGAAGUGCAUCAUAACCCUUACUGUAGUGGUUUCUGCUUCCUGGUCUCUACUUUAAGUGAUGGCAACGAACACUGAACAUGUACUUGGUACAGAAAGAGUCCUUAACUCCUGAAAACUACACACAUUCUCAAGUCUCAGCUAUUUGUUUAUGAAAAGAUGAACAGAUGGUCAAAAGUUGCACAAAAUCUAAUAAACUGUCUUCUUAUAUACUGUUAACAUGUAUCAUUGGUAAAAACUAACACUAUUAAGUCAGAGACUUUAAUACAAUCAUCUGGUAAAAUCUCUAGUGUAAAAAUGUACAGCAUUGGAGGCUGGCAGGUGUUGGUGUGUUUUUUUUAACACUUAUGGCACACAGUUGUCCCAGUCAAGCACUUUCUUUCUGAAAUAGGACGGAAACCUGGUGGAUAACAACCGUUUUAGCCUCGAACUCAGAUUUGCUUCAGAAAAGAUAGCAUUUUCUCUCCUUCUGAUCUCCACCUGUAGGCAGGACAGGAAGCUAAUACCAUUGUGGUUUUUAAGAUCUUGACUGUUCAAUCUGAAAAACUGAUUUACCUUGUAAAUGUUCAAAGUUCUAGUAGAGUGGAAAGGGGACAACCAGGCUCAGAUUCACUCAGGUUUGAAAAAGGAGAGAUUUUCCGACAAGCCUAUCACAACAAACUCCUGCAUCCAUAUCUGCCCAAGAGCUUUUAAAGACUCCAGGAUGCAGAAGAUGAGAGAAGUCAAAAUCACAUUCAUUUGCCCGUGAGGUAAAGAAAUACCAAGACUGUCCCUGGGAUGAAACAUAAAACAAAAACAGAAGUGUCAUAACUUACUCUGACGAUUAAGGCUUUAGUUCUGCUGCAUUACAAAGACACAGCUGCUUUGAGUAAAGGAUGCUGCAAGCUCUCUGCUGCGCAUCUCCUCGAAGAAUAUAAAUCACUUAACUUGACCCUUAAGGUUUCAAGUCUAUUGUUCAACGAUGGUCCAAAAGAAUACGGGCUAGGAUCAAAUUAUGGAUCAGUAUUAAUUUGCAACAUAUGUAAAUAAAAGACCCACUGAGCAAUAGACGGCUAUUAGACGUCCAGGCUUUUUUUAGACCUAAUUUCAACCGUCUAGAUUCUGUAUAUUUUUAGACAGAAUUUAGACGUUGCACUUUAACCCAUUAUUCGAUAGCUAUUUAUUUCAAAAAGCAACUGUGAGUUGCAUAACUGAUCUCCAAGUACUUAACCAAAAUAAUUAUGAUAGCCGUUUAGCAAUAUACAGUGUAGUAUAGAUAUAACCCAGAUUUAGAUUAAGUCUAAACUUGGUCUAAAUUUGGACGUUAAAAAACGUUCAUUUUUAGACCUGUGGUAGUCUGAUUUUAGACCAGUCGUCUGGGCUGCAUUUAGACAUCUAUUAGACCAAAAAAUGCUCAGUGGGAGAGUGCUUCAGUGUUUCAUCUCUUUAAACUCAUUUUUAGGAUAAAAACAAACUUUAAAGGAACUUGAGUGAAAAUCCUAAAACCUGAGUGAGCCUGGAUCUGAAAACAAGUAAAGUAAAGACUUUUAUAGUUCAAACGUUUUCAUAUCACAUACGGUCACAUAAAUGGUGUUGGCAAAAUUUGUCCUGUUAGUUCCCUGUCCUGCCUUCUGGUUCAAAUAUUGUAUGUUGUGUGUGCGCACAUGUGUGAGAGAGAUCAGAAGGCCAACAGUGAGUGAAGCCCUUUAUGUGACUGAACAGAAGAACUGAAGGGCAGAUACGGUAAAGUGCUACUGUGGACCGGAGGCACCCUGAUAAACAAAAGAAAAAAAAAUGCUUUUCAAGCACAUAAACACGAACAAGACCAGCAAAUGUACGACAAAUCAAGACUUAAAUAAUGACGGCGUUAAAAUCACCUCAGGUAAAAAAAUAAACUAAUCAUACAGGUGGUGUCUUUUGGGUUUUAACAGGUCAGACUGAGGUUCAGUCUUCUGGGUGGUUUAAUCUCUGCGCUGCUACAAGCUGGUUAAAACAAACAUUAUCUGAUUGCUUCAUUUGCCAAAUUCUCACUUAAAGGGUUUUCAUUAAAAGAGGAGACACAAAGGUGAAACAAAGUCGCAGGUGUCUCUUGUUUGGAGGUAAAUCAAACAGGAAAGACAGUUUGGGGUCAGGGGUCAGGUCAGGGGUACCCACUACAUCCGUGCUACAUUAGAGUUAUGUUUCUCUUCAUACCCUGAGGUUUAAGUCCAUCCAUUUUUCCACUGCUCAUACACAUUAUGUAUUUGGCAAAAAAGAUUCAUCACUCACAUCAUUCUUUAACAAAAAAAACAACAAAAAAAAACAUACUUGCUUCCCAAUCAAACUUCGUUAUCUUAUAUCCUAAAUUAAAACUAUGGUGCAAAAUCAUUUCCAAGACCCUGUCCAACCACAGUGCUCCUCGUCCACUGCACACCUCUGAAUGUCACUAGCUGUUAUUUUGGAGGAAGACAUUUCCUUCACCUCGCAUUCUUGUUCUUCCCAGUUUGAAUGCAGCAGUCUUUGUCUGGGACGCUCCGAAAAGAAGCUACAACAAAGCAGGACAGGACAUGAAAAAGGCCGAUCAGGCACCCAACGGGAGACUAAAACGAUCCGUCUUAUUAGAAUAUAAAAUCAGAGAGGGUGUCUCCAGUGUAAAGGGACUGUAGUGAUUUUACAGACUUCGUUCUUUAAGGCCUGCCCCGCCUUUCUUUCACUACAUCCAGCACCGUGUCUCUGGGCGGGGCAGGUUGUGCUGGUUGUUAUGUUCCCAUGCGUAGACAGGCCACCCCGUCACCCUCCUGGCUCAGGUCUCUGUCCCUGUCAGUGCCCCCGUGUCCCGGGGAGGCCAGCGUCCUGUGGGGUUGCGGGUUCCUCACGGACAUGGCAGCUAGGCUCAAGGCCCGAGACGGGUGAGGCGAGGGGGGACGGUACCUGCUGCUGCUGCUGCGGGGGUCUGGAGACAAAGAGGGGGAAGAAGAGUCUUGGUGCCGCUCCCC